CGUUAAAAUUUCUCUCCUUCCGGCAACGUAUCACGCUUUUGAGGUUGUCUUGCCUUUACAAUUAACAAUAAUUAAUAAAAGUACUAUUUUAUAAUCUUAAUACUCUAAAAUGGCUAUUGGUGAUUUGAAAACCCCAAAAGGUCUCAAGAACCUCGACACUUUCUUGGCGGAACGCAGUUACGUCGAAGGAUGGCAAGCAUCUCAAGCUGAUGUCGCAGUCCUGGAGGCCUUGGGCCAAGCCCCAACGGCGUCAAACCCCCACGUCUUGAGGUGGUACACACACAUCAGCUCCCACGAGCUGGCUAAGUUGCCAGGCGCCAAGAAAAUCCCCAGCAGCUUGGGUGUUGCUUCAUCAGGCUCCGCACCAGCUGCCGCCAAGCCCGCUGACGACGAUGACGACAUCGAUCUCUUCGGGUCCGAUGAUGAAGAAGAUGCCGAGGCCGAGAGGAUCAAGGCCGAGCGAGUCAAGGCCUACGCCGAGAAAAAAUCGAAGAAACCGGCCCUCAUCGCCAAGUCCAGUAUCGUCCUUGAUGUCAAGCCAUGGGACGAUGAGACCAACAUGCAGGAGAUUGAAGGAAAAGUCCGUGCUAUUGUUAUGGAUGGACUUGUUUGGGGAGCUUCAAAAUUGGUCCCAGUUUGCCAUGGAAUCAACAAACUCCAAAUCAUGUGUGUAGUAGAGGACGACAAAGUGUCUGUCGACCUUCUGACUGAGAUGAUCCAGGAGUUCGAGGAUCACGUACAGUCCGUCGACAUCGCAGCUUUCAACAAGAUUUAAAUUUUACUUUCAUUAUUCUUCUGGUCCAUUAUUUUAAAAUUUGAAUAAAGUGAUUCGUUUUUGAAUAA